CCAAUAACGUAUCAGCAGAACUCAUUCAGGCCAUCUGAACAGAUCUAACGAAUCUACGUCCGGGGACAUUUGUGUCGUGCAGUGACGUGCGCCCAAAAAUCUAUUUAAAGACGCUUUUGUUUGGUGACUUGUGAAUCUAUUACUUGCAGAAAAAUUAUCACACCUAUCGGAUUGAGAUUCCGGGGGUUCCGUGAGUCACAGCCGGCGAGCCAUGAUACGACCGUCAUGGGUGAGGAGUGUUCGAGCGCCCGCGUCCCAGGUCACCUAAGUGAUGUGAGGCUCCGCACCAUUGGUGAACCAAUCACCAUGCCGGCACCGAUCCUUAUCUACAUCACCUCAGUUACUCUAUUCUGGCUAUGUGUGAACGCGGACGAAUCACCGCCGCUGUCGGUGCCCCGAGCAGGGAAUGGGUCGGUGGAAGCACCAGACCCUCGCUCGCCGUUCGGCCGCGUGCCACCCUACCAACCACCAGCGAUGGCACCGGUCCCCAUACAAGGGAUACGCAGAGAUUCGCACAGUCCUUACACACGCGUUGAACCUUGGAAUCAUCGUUCCACUGGUGAUAAAGAAUCUUACGUCGUAGCGGUGGAUACAGACGAACAUGAGGACGACGGUGGUUGUCAUCUGCCAUGUCUCAAACAACAUUUUUCAUGUCAGGUUUCCUGUACAUGCAUACCCAUGGAGAAGAGAUGUGAUGGUGUAGCGGACUGCGCUGAAGCCGAAGAUGAGGCGGGCUGUGGCCGAUCCUGUGACGAGCAUGAAAAUCGCGAGAUAUGCCACAAUACCAACGUGUGUAUAGCUAUCGAAUGGAAAUGCGACGGUGACAACGACUGCGGGGACUUCUCCGAUGAAACGCAUUGUGGUGCUGCUAAUUGCACAUCAGAGCAGUUUCAAUGCGCCAACGGAUUGUGCAUCCACAAAGAUUGGGUGUGUGACGGCGAUAACGACUGCCGAGACAAUUCUGAUGAGACCAACUGCACCAGGGGCAAAUGCCGCGACAACCAAUUCAUGUGCGCGAUUGGUGAAUGCAUAUCCUUGCAUUGGCGCUGUGACAAAGAAGCCGAUUGUCCUGACAACUCCGAUGAAGCAGAAUGUCCUAUAGAUCUGCUUCGUUGUGGCGAAAACGAGUUCCAGUGCGACAAUAAGAAAUGUAUACGGAAAGAGUUUCAAUGCGAUGGAGACAACGACUGCGGCGACUGGACUGAUGAAGACACCUGUCCCAUGAUGCCCGGCAGUUGUAAUGCUGGCGAAUUUAAGUGCAGCGAUGGAAAAUGCAUUCCGGAGCGAUGGAGAUGUGACUCUGAACGGGAUUGUUCAAAUGGCGGAGAUGAGCUCAAUUGUGAACCACAUUCAAUGCGUAAUUGCACCUCAGACGAGUACAAAUGUACAGAAGGACGAUGUAUUUUGAAAACUUGGAUAUGUGACGGAGUUCGGGACUGUAUGGACGGCGAGGAUGAAACGAAUUGUAAAGUUUUUUGUGAGGAAGAUCAGUACAUGUGCAAAUCCCAAGAAAAUCUUAUCAGUAACGCAUUCAGGAAUUGUGUAAAUAGAAAACACGUGUGUGACGGCAUGAAUGAUUGCCCUCGUGGUGACGAUGAAGAGAAAUGUCCCAUUAGGAGGACCUGUGGUGCCGAGGACAAAUGCGAGCUGAUAUGCAUCACUACUUAUGAUGGUUUGCCUGCUUGUGAUUGUCCUUUGGGAUUUUUGUUGGCCGACGAUGGAUACAGUUGCCGAGACAUCGACGAAUGUAUGUACGAACAAGACCCAGUAUGCUCACAAACCUGCUCAAAUACUGUAGGAAGCUUUCGAUGUGGGUGCAUGACUGGUUAUGUAUUGAGACCAGAUGGUAGAUCAUGCAAGCCUACAGGCGAAUCUCCUACAUUACUGUUCUCGAAUCGCGUCGGAAUACGACAGGUUUGGCUAACAGGAGAUAACUACAUGUCUGUGGUGAAAGGACUCCACAAUGCAGUAGCCUUAGAUUUCCAUUAUGAAAAGAAGCUUGUAUUUUGGGCAGAAAACAAUUUGAGAGUUAUACGAGUUGCUGAAAUGAAUAACAAUAACAUGUCAGAUGUUAUAAGGUGGGGUUUGGAGACACCAGGCGGUUUAGCUGUUGACUGGAUACACAAUCUACUAUUCUGGACAGACUCGGGUACCAGGCGUAUAGAAGUGGCAACACUUGAUGGUUCCCAGCGCGCCGUGAUUGCUGCGAAUGAUUUAGAUAAACCUCGAGCUAUUGCUGUACACCCCGGAGAUGCCUUAGUAUUUUGGACCGAUUGGGGACCAAGUCCAAAGAUUGAGCGAGCGGAUAUGGACGGCACUAGACGGAAGACAGUCAUAUAUGAUAACAUAGUGUGGCCCAACGGUCUUACAAUUGAUUAUAUGGAAUCAAACAUAUAUUGGGCUGAUGCUAAGCAUCACGUAAUCGAGAAAGCUACUUUUGAUGGCAGGGAACGAAAACGGAUCACCAAUAAAGGUUUACCGCAUCCAUUUGCAAUGACUUUGUUCGAGGAUGCCAUUUAUUGGACCGAUUGGCAUACUAAAAGCAUAUCAACUGUUAACAAGAAGACUGGAAUGGGGAUACAAACCGUUCAUGCAGGCCUAAAUGUCCCGAUGGAUAUUCAUAGUUAUCAUCCGUUGCGUCAAGUGAAGACCUACAAGAAUCGCUGCAAUGGAAACAAUGGUGGUUGUUCACAUUUAUGUCUUCCGAAUAGCAAUGGACGCACUUGUCGCUGUCCCGUUGGUUUCAACUUAAAUUCUGAUGGUCAAACUUGUGAAGAAACACCCGAAAAAUUAUUGUUAUAUGCACGUCGUAAGGAUAUCAGAUUGAAGCAAUUAAAUCCGAAAAAACCAACGGAUUCGCUGGACAUGGUGAUACCGGUAGAAAAUAUAAAGUCAGCUGUAGCUUUGGAUUGGGAUCAUAACACGAAUUCAAUAUACUGGACGGAUGUGGAAAAAGACACAAUCAACCGUGCCUACUUGAAUGGAUCAUACCAAACAAUAAUUGUAGGCUCGAAUUUAAUAUCCCCAGCUGGAUUGGCAUAUGACUGGAUUACCAAUAAACUAUAUUGGACUGAUGCUGGUACGAACAGAAUAGAAGUAGCAAAUGCAAAUGGUAGCAUGAGGACAUUAUUGGCCUGGGACAAAAUAGAUAAACCGAGAGAUAUUGUGGUCGAUCCUAAAGGUGGUGUCAUGUAUUGGUCUGAUUGGGGAGUAGUCCCGUGCAUUGAGCGUGCCGACAUGGACGGUGGCAAUCGCAAACGAUUGAUCUUCGGUAACAUGACAUGGCCUAAUGGUUUGGCACUUGAUCUCGCAAACGACCGCAUUUACUGGACAGAUGGGGGUAACCGUACAAUUGAAUACGCAUUCCUUAACGGUACCGGACGCACCAUUUUGAUCGGUCAACAUCUUCCCCAUCCUUUUGGUUUGGAUUUGUACGGCGAUGAAGUUAUUUGGACUGAUUGGGAAACACAAUCGAUACAAGCUGCAAAUAAGUAUACAGGCGACAAUAGACGAACGUUAGGUGCCGGAGUGGCGGGUCUGAUGGAUGUAAGAGUAUUUCACAAGGAACGAAUAAGCAGCGUUAAUCAAUGCGGAAAAAAUAAUGGCGGGUGUUCCCAUCUAUGUCUCUUGAGGCCUGGUGGCCGUAGUUGCGCAUGUCCAAUUGGAAUAAAACUUAACAAGGAUGGCAAAACAUGCGCAAAUGGUCCAACAAAUUUCUUGAUAUUUGCUCACCGUUUAGAUAUUCGUAUCGUAUCCUUAGAUGUACCAUAUCUUAUUGAUGUUGUGUUACCGUUGCCUCCGCUCAAGAACGCACUUGGAGUUGAUGUUGAUCAAAAAACAGGGCACAUAUACUGGACGGAUACCGGUGAACGGAAAAUUCAACGCUCAACCAAAGCUGGAGAGAAUAUAGAAACAAUAAUAGGCAAAGGACUUAAUACAGCAGAUGGAAUUGUGAUAGACUCAUCUGGCCGAAAGAUAUAUUGGACCGACGGUGGACGUAACAGCAUUGAAGUUGCUGAACUAGAUGGCAGCAACAGAAAAGUUCUCGUCUGGACUAGUUUAGAUUCUCCUCGAGCCAUAGCGUUACAUUACGAACAUGGCUAUAUGUUUUGGUCUGACUGGGGUCAUGCGGCUAAAAUAGAAAGAGCAGACAUGGAUGGCAUGAACAGACGUGUUAUUGUGGACAACAAUAUUAAAUGGCCGAAUGGUCUCGCUAUAGACAAUGUAGAGGGUCGGUUGUACUGGAACGAUGCGAAAAUUUUGACGAUCGAGAGCUCUGAUUUCAACGGUAACGAUCGUCGUACUGUCCUCAGUAAGGUAUCAUACCCAUAUGGCAUUGUGAUCGUUGGUCCGCAUAUCUAUUGGACAGAUUGGAAAACAAAAGCACUACAUAGAGCAAAUAAGACAAAUGGAAAAGAUCCAUUAGUAAUAAGAGAAAAACUUGAAGGUCUUAUGGAUAUUAGAGCUGUUCAGGGAGAGAAGAUAUUGGAAAAUGCAUGUGGUACCAAUAACGGAGGCUGCUCUCAUCUUUGCCUAAGGUCGCCUCAUGGCUACUCAUGUUCAUGUCCCACUGGUAUACUGUUUGAAAAUCAAACGGAAUCAAAUCCCAAGAUAUGCAAAAAGCAUCCUGAUAACUUCCUUGUAUUUGCCACUAGAACAAGUGUAGCAAUAUUAUCGCUUGAUAGCCCAGAACAGUGGGACGUCACUCUUCCUCUGAGAGAUGUACAGAAUUCUAUUGCAGUUGACUUCCACUGGGAACAUAAACUGCUAUUCUAUACUGAUGUCAACAGUGAUAUUAUAAGGUCAAUAAAUAUGUUAAAUAUGAGUGAAACCAGGGUUGUUAUAAAGGUCAAAUUGGAUAAUCCAAACGGCGUUGGAAUAGAUUGGAUUGCGAAUAACAUUUAUUGGACGGACAACGAAUUUAAAGUAAUCGAGGUGGCAAGAUUGGAUGGUACAUCAAGGAAAACUUUAAUCAGUGAUCUUACGGAACCUAGAGCAAUUGCUCUGUUUCCUGCUAAAGGAUACCUUUAUUGGAGUGAUUGGGGUGAAAAUCCCAGUAUAGAAAGAUCUUUCCUUGAUGGAAGUCAAAGAAAGACAAUUGUGUCACAAGACUUAGGAUUUCCAAAUGGUAUUACCAUUGAUUACAAGGAUAGAAGAUUAUAUUGGACAGAUGCUCUGAAGGAUAGAAUUGACACCUCGGACUUGAAUGGACACCACAGAGUCCAGUUGGUGCCAGAAGCUAAAAAUCCGUUCGGAAUGACGCAGUUCAAUGACUACAUAUACUGGACGGACUGGUACAAAAAAUCAAUAAUGAGGGCAGACAAAAGAACUGGUAAAAACAUUACUAUUAUAAGAACUGAUCUAGAAAUGCCCAUGGAAAUAAAAGCUGUAUCAUCCGAGAAACAGCACGGAUGGAACCCCUGCAAAGAAGAAAACGGAGGUUGCUCCCAUCUCUGUCUAUUCAGGGCACACGAUUACAUUUGUGCUUGUCCAGAUGAAGCCGACUCUAGACCAUGUUCAACAAUACCUACAACUCGAGUCGAUGCCAAAAUGCCAUCACUUUACCCUACAAAUUAUGACUAUGCGGACAAUGAAAUCGGAGAUAAAUUGAUGCCAAUUCCGACAGCAGUGCCUGAAACGAGCGUCGGUGCGAUUGUAAUUAUAGUAGGCAUAAUGAUAACUCUCAUCAUCGGUAUACUCGUGAUAGCAUUCGUUUGUGUGCGAAUCAACCGAGAUCGUGGCGGCGAUUUGAAGGAGAACUACAGCGAAUCAAGUGGGCACAUCUCUUUCCACAACCCCAAUUACAGUUGUAAUGCGGGAACCGGAGUGGAAGCACUAGAACGUCGGCCAAAUCGUUUUCAAGGCAUCUUCAAAUAUGACAAAAAUCAGGAACGUGUGACGAACGUGUACAUCCCUGAAGGGACAAGUUUGCUGCCCCCGCCCCCGCCGCCGCCGCACCGGCAGCCCCCUUCGCGUCCCGCAACGCACGACGACUUCGAACCCGUCACUUUACACCCAUUUGCUUGAAUUCAACAAUGAAGCGGCAGUAGCAAAGUGACUAAAUAACGGGAUAAAGCUUACGGAUAAAAUCGAGUAGCUAGUAGUAGCGAUGAUAACAUGAUAACCAAUGUAGGAUAGUUGCGUCUACAACUAAUGGAUUUAGAACGGAGGCAGCUACGGAUUCGAGAAUUCAAUUGUGACGCUUUUUUGCAUAUCGAUCUCAGUUCGACUCGCCCUUUACUAGAGUCAAUUUGACACAAUAAAGAAAGCUACACUCAUUAUUUGCAAAUAAUAUAAACGCGUGACGAAAGUGUAUAAUAUGAAAUGAACAGUAAACAAGUGUGAACCAUGAAUUGUUCGGUUUAAGACUGGUAGUCAGUUGCGUUUAUACCUAUCUGUGAGCCUCCGUUCCUGCGAACGGUAGACAAUGCACUCAAAUAGGAGCCCAUCUAUAACUAUAGUAAAUAUUAGUACAUGUGUAUGUUCUAUGUGUACUUAUUAUAUCUGACAACAAUAAUAACGAAUGUUAUAGAUUCUACAUCGUGUUAAAAUCUUGAUGUGUUUGUUAUAUAAUUAAGUAAGUUCAUGUGUAUAUUUAAUGACGACAUGUGGAGCGCUAACUGAUUCGUUGCCCAUAUCUAUGUAUGAGUUGGCCUAUUUUGAAUAAUUUGUAACCAUGUGUUGAAAUUCUCAUUUAUAGUUAAUAAAUAUUUAGUUCGUACAUAGGUAAUAAUAUCUACAUUACGUUCAUUGAUUAUAUUAUCGUUAAUCUAGUGUUGAAUUGAUUUGCUCAUUCCGACCUAUAUAUAUCUAUUGAAUAAUCGUCAAUUGCAGAUUUGAAGAAUAUCCAAAUGGAUAUACGUAAGAUUGUAGGAACCUAUGCUAAGAUCAAGUUGUUAGUUAAUAAUAUAGGUACUUCUACCAAGUGCAAUGUUACCUACUUUGAAACAUGGUUUCAUUUGAAAUUCAUAACGUAGAAUAGGUAUUAGCAUUAGCUUAUAUUGAGCUAUCAUAAGUUGAUAAACUUCCUAUCGUAAUUAUAUGGAAAGAAAUACCGCCAUAUACCUAUGCCGGUAUGGGUUUUGGUACAAUUAGGACACGUAAUACACACAUAUAAAAUAUGGUUACUGUUAUAGUUUAUAGAAAUAGGCAGAUAUUAGAUAAAUAGAAAAUGUAGGCGACAACAUGCUCUAUGUACAUAGAUAUGUUUACUUAAAUUACUUUAAAAAAAGUACUCUCAUAUUCGACUAAAAUUUUCAAUAAAUUUAAUUGAAACGAUAGGAAUAAAUAAAUUUUAAAUAAUUUUACUACGGUAGCACGCUGUCAGAUAUGUUAAACAUUCUGAUGAUUCUCAGAACUCAUUUACAAGGUAGCGCUAGGUGUGAGUUACUUUUCUGAACUUAGUAGUCUGGAUACUCUAUUUAAUUUUUUCGUGUGCUACCGAGGUAAAAUGUGUAAAGGUAAAAUUAAAUUAUCAAAUAUAUAUAAUGAGUGGAUUUAAUAUAUUUUAUAUGGGAAUGGAGUGAAAGAAAUUAAGAACAUAUUUACUAUUAUAAUUAUUAUUUUUAUACCAGCCUCCUUACUUUCAAUGCCCUGAGGCUCAUGGGGUGAAAGUGGGGAAUGCUAUUAUAUAUUUAUAUAUAUACUAACAAUUACGAUUAUGUAAUAAUAGAUGUAUAGAGGUAUGGGAUCACAUGAAUAUAAUUGUAUAUGAGGGAUAAAUUGUGAGACAAAUGUCCUCAAUAAGUACAUCUACCGAUCUCCCGGAUUUCUCAUUCCCUGCCCACCGGGGUAGGAAAUGAUUAAUAAAAAAAAUUAAACGUACAGAGCUACCAAAAUAUUUGAGAUAACAUUAUAAUGGCAGUGUUUGUAGAUUUUAUAUUUGGGUUGCCGAUUUCUUUAAUAAAGAAUUUUCUCUUAGAAUUAAUUCACCAAGAUAAUGAUGGUGACAAUAAAAAUAUCAAUGUAAAUAGUUAGUUUUAAUUACGACGUUUUUUGUCAAACAAAUCGAUACGAUAUUGCAUUGUAAAUAAUAGUUUAUUUAUACUUGGUAUGCUAUACAAAGGCAUCAGUGUCCUAAAUUGGAUCUACGUUUAAUUUCAAUUGACGCGACCAUGACUGCCGUUGUGAAGGGUUGCCGACAGAAGCACCUCUCAUAUCAAAAAUUAUUUAGCUUUUAUCUAGAAUUAACAUUGGCUACGCUCUUCCAUUAUUAGUUUGAAUUCAAAACUGUUCUCUUGUUACGACACCAUAAUUACGAUAAUUUAAUAUGAGGACACCUAUUUGCAUUUUUGUUUCCAGAAUAGUGGUACUUUACUUUGUUCAUUUUUGGAUUAAAUGCGUCUUGGAAACAAGAGGACGUAAAUAAAGUUUCACAGGGUGUUUUAAUCUAAGGUAGAGUUAGGAAGGGUGACAACACCGAUGACAAAGCAUAUUUUCUGAUUGUUGUCAAAUUCAAUAUCGUUUAAUUAUCGCGCGUUAUAUCAAGGUUUUGGAUGACAGUAAUUAGUAGGCUUUCUUGUGGAAAAAAAACCGAAUGAGAUUUUUGGACAUAAAGACAAGACUAAAAGUAACAAUAAAUUCUCGUAAUUGUCUUGUAGAGUAGAUGUAUAGUGAACUUUAGGUAAUUACAUUUCAGCGACCUCUCACUCCAUUUAUACCAUGCCAUAACGCGCGUAGAAUAGACGAUAUUUCAUUGAAUUAUGCAGAGUAUCUAAGAAUGCAAUUUGUAGAUAUAAUAUGUUGUGAUUAAAGUUCCUUUUAAAGAUUUGUAAAAGCAAACUAAAUUAAAAACGUACGGCCUUUUUAUGUUCUCUAUAUAUAAACAAUAUAACAUGUGUAUAAAUGUGUGCUAGAGAAACGAUGUUUAUGAAAAUGUUACAGAAACCCAGUUGAUAUUUAGUAAGUAAUUUAACAAUAUAAUUUCAUAGCACUUAAUACGUGUCCAAUUUAAUUUUGUAAAAAUGUGUAUAAAUUAUUUUAUUAUUACUACAAAAGAAAUUCACUAAAUCCGCCCCCGUCUAAUACAUGAUACUUUUCAGAUAUGUAUAAUAAUUAUAAAAAAGAUAUUUCGUUCCUCUUUUAUUCCACGACAUUGUCGGCAUGUCUGCUACAGCAUACCACAUGUCUAGUUUAGAAGAAUUAAAGAGGUUUGGAUAAUCAAAUGAUAGAGAAGUGUUUCAUAUUAGUUCUAAGGAUAUAUUUUAUGUAAAUCCGUUUUGUUAUAUAGCUUAUAAGGAAUGAGAAAGUUAAAAUAUGUGAGUGCUGUGAUACCAGAUGCUUUGUGAGUUAUAGAAUGAGUACCUAAUCAACGAUGAUGGUUAGUUUAUUUAUAUAUACAUAGUAUAUAUGUUUUGUUAGUGUCCAAACUGCUGUAACGAAGUCUAAUUAAUCUGCGAAAUGCACAAAGAUGCACGCACAUGAACACAACGCACAAUGCGUAUUCAUUUAUCGUUAUAUUCUUAAAAUAUUAAAUUUGUUUUAAUUAAUAAAAACAAAGUAUUGUGCGAAUGUGCCAAAUUAUAAAUUAAUUAUUAUUUUUUAUUACUUUCGAUAUUAAAUUAUGUAUAGUGAAGUAAUUAGGUAACGAAUUAAACAGCUUUUACACCUUUGAGGGGCCUCCUUAGCGAGGUGUUGAAACUGUUGUCUGAUUUAUAAUUGUA